CACAGCCCUACCCUGAUCCAACGGUGCCACCCAAUGGUCACAUUUCACCGGUGCAAGCCAAGUACGUCCUGAAGGACAGCUUUUCUGUCUUCUGCAAGACUGGCUUUGAGCUUCUCCAAGGUUCUGUGUCCCUCAACUCAUUCACUGCUGUUUGUCAGAAAGAUGGGUCCUGGGACCGUCCAAUACCAGAGUGCAGAAUUGUUGACUGUGGCCCUCCCGAUGAACUACCCAAUGGCCAUGUGAACUACAUCACAGGCCCAGAAGUGACCACCUACAAGGCCAUCAUUCAGUACAACUGUGAAGAGACUUUCUACACAAUGAGUGGAGACGGUAAAUAUGUGUGCGAGGCUGAUGGAUUUUGGACGAGCGCCAAAGGAGAAAAAUCCCUCCCAGCUUGUGAGCCUGUCUGUGGACUGUCCACACUGGCUACCGGAGGGCGCAUAUUUGGAGGGCAGCACGCAAAGCCUGGCAACUUUCCUUGGCAAGUCUUAUUACUGGGCGAAUCUGUAGCAGCAGGUGCUCUUUUACACGACAACUGGGUUCUAACAGCUGCCCAUGCUGUGUAUGGGAUAACAGAGGCAGUGUCCUCCCUGGACAUCCGCCUGGGUAUCCUCAGGCGGCUUUCACCUGACUACACCCAAGCCUGGGCCGAGGCUGUCUUUAUACAUGAAGGUUACAAUCAUGGUGCCGGUUUUGACAAUGAUAUAGCACUGAUCAAACUCAAGAACAAAGUUACAAUCAAUAGAAGAGUCAUUCCUGUUUGCCUGCCAAGAAAAGAAGCAGCAUCCUUGAUGAGAACAAAUGGCCUUGGAACUGUGGCUGGCUGGGGGUUAACCCAGAGUGGGUUUCUUGCUAGAAACCUUGCGUUUGUGGACAUCCCAAUUGUUGACCAUCAAAAAUGUACUUCUGCAUAUGAAAAGAAGCUCUACCCAGGAGGGAGAGUAACUGCUAACAUGCUCUGUGCUGGCCUAGAAACUGGUGGCAAGGACAGCUGCAGAGGUGACAGUGGAGGGGCAUUAGUGUUUCUAGACAAUGAAACACAGCGAUGGUUUGUGGGAGGAAUAGUUUCCUGGGGCUCCAUUAAUUGUGGGGAGGCAGACCAAUAUGGGGUCUACACAAAAGUCAUAAACUAUAUUCCCUGGAUUGAGAACAUAAUAAACAAUUUUUAAGUUGCAUGCCUCCAA